CCAGGCAGCCUUUACACCCCAGGAGGGCAUGCACCCCUCCGCGCGCAGCUCGAGCACAGAGCCCCCGGCCCGCGGACUUGCCCAAGAGGCCGGGUGGCUCCUCCCCGGGGACCCUCCCCCUCUGGGGCGCGUCAUUCUCCCCACCCCCGUCCCGACCCCAGCGGCUCCUCGCACCCCGGCCACGCUGGGACAGUUCUCAGCCACCUGCUCCGGAGCCGGGAAGCCGGGGCGCCGGCAGCCCGUGAGUCGGUGCGUGUGCCCAGAGCCCCAUGGAGCUGCCGGCCAGCAACAGCAGCUGCGAGAACGGUUCCCUGAUCAGCCUGUACUGCUCCUCCCAAAGAGUCCUGUGCCAGAUCGUCAGUGACCUCCAGCCCAAGGUGCCCAGCAAUGUCACCUCCGACAGCUGGCAGGAGAGGUUCAGGAAGAACUAUAGCUUCUACGUCGGUCUGGGGCUGGCCAUCCUGUCCAGCUUCCUCGUCGGCAGCAGCGUCAUCCUCAAGAAGAAGGGCCUACAGCGACUGGUGGCCUCGGGUGCCACGCGGGCUGUGGAUGGAGGCUACGGCUACUUGAAGGACUCAAUGUGGUGGGCUGGAUUUCUCACGAUGGCUGCUGGGGAAGUUGCCAACUUCGGGGCCUAUGCGUUUGCUCCUGCCACAGUCGUCACCCCUCUGGGAGCGCUGAGUAUCCUCAUAAGUGCCAUCUUUUCCUCAUAUUUCCUGGGGGAGAGUCUGAACCUCCUGGGGAAGCUGGGCUGUGUGAUCUGCGUGGCUGGUAGCACAGUGAUGGUGAUCCAUGCCCCCGAGGAAGAGAAGAUCAGCACCAUCAUGGAGAUGGCUGCCAAGAUGAAAGACACAGGGUACAUUGUGUUCGCUGUGUUUCUGCUGGUGUCCUGCCUCAUCCUCAUCUUCGUCGUCGCCCCACGUUAUGGACAAAGGAACAUCCUCAUCUACGUCAUCAUCUGCUCUGUGAUCGGGGCCUUCUCCGUGUCCGCCAGCAAGGGCCUGGGCAUCACCAUUAAGAACUUCUUCCAGGGGCUCCCAGUUGUGCGGCACCCUCUCCCCUACAUCCUGUCCCUCAUGCUGGCGCUUUCGAUCAGCACUCAGGUCAACUUCCUCAACAGGGCGCUGGACAUCUUCAAUACCUCCCUGGUGUUCCCCAUCUACUACGUGUUCUUCACCACGACGGUGAUGACCUCCUCCAUCAUCCUCUUCAAGGAGUGGUACAGGAUGUCGGCCGUGGACAUUGUGGGCACCCUCUGUGGCUUUGUCACCAUCAUCCUGGGUGUAUUCAUGCUUCAUGCUUUCAAAGACCUGGACAUCAGCCAGAGCAGCCUGCCCCACAUGCACAAAAACCCACCUGUCACUCCUGCCCCAGAGCCCACUGUCAUUAGACUUGGAGACAAGAACGUCCUGGUGGACAACAUGGAACUCUCCAGCACCCCAUCACCAGAAGAGAAGCCCAAAGUGUUUACAGCCCAUUCAUAAAGCCUGAAGUAGAGAAGUGAGAGGAUGAGCCCCGUGGUACAGCCUGACUGCUUGAUUUCAGAGCCACCUGGGUUGCUUCCAACACAACUCUUACCAAUGGGCUCUUUUCUUGAGACUUUCAUUUAUACCUCAUUGCUGUUUCCAGGAGAAAAAUCCCUACUCAAUGAGCAGUGGUGGUAUAACUUCCUGGAAACACAGCCUCAGUGACCAAAUACCCUACUUUAUUGGUGCCAGCAGGUCCCCUGGACCUCCCUUCCCACUUGUUUCCUCUGUGUUGUGGGGAAGAAGAUCGGAUUUGACCCAUUGAAUGUAGCGCAAGCCAGGAACUUCCCUGAAACGCUGGUCAUCAGGAAGUUCUCCUCCUGAGACUGACUCACUGGUCCCGAGUCCAAGGCUGAAGUGCACCUGGCUCCCCGAGGCCCAGAGAGCAACUCACCAUGCCCCCCAUCCAGAACUAAUAGACACACAACUCUCGUCAAAUGUCUUGUUGCUGUUGCCACCUCAUCUUUGGAGACGGAAACAAGACCUCAGCUGACCUUCUUACUGUGAAAGCCGCCUGAUGUCUCAGGGAAACCCUGCCACCAGCCCCAUUCCCAGAGCAGCCAGCCUGAAGCUUAGCAUCUGCUUCCAUCCACCCCACUCCCACCCUUUCCUCUGUGCUCAGACUCUUCCAACCCCGCUCCUCUGUCCAUGGGAUUCUCCAGGCAAAAAUACUGGAGUGCAUCUCUCUCUAGAUGCACCCCAAGGAGUUGGUCAAAGAGACAUUCAGGUGGUUGUCCAAGAACUCAAGACAACACAACCACCACCACCACAACAGGUGCUUCCCAGCCGAGCUGUGCUGGCCAAGCCCAGAGUUUCAUUCUGCCUCACUCUAAGAGAAUAGCAGUCGCACCAUUCUUAAAAGUAGCCUGGUUGUUAAGUAGAAUGCACUUUCCUUUUCCUCAAGGAGUAAACCACAAUAUGAUUUGGGGAGACAGGGAGAAGAGUGAGGCACAGAGUCAGAAUUUGGCAGAGAGCAGACACAAGCUCUCUGGAAACCAGGGGCUAACCUGUGUUUACUCUGGUGGCCGACCAAGAACCCAGGUGGGAAAGGUAACCUCUGGGUGUGUGUGUUUUUUUUAAAUGCAGCAUGCAGGAGCUUAGUUCCCAGACCAGGGAUUGAACCCAUGCCCCUUGCAGUGGAAGCACGGAAUCUUAACCACUGGACCACAGGGAAGUCCCCUUCUGCAGUGGAAGCUCAGAGUCUUAACCACUGGGCUGCCAGGGACGUCUCCUCUGGGUAACUUCUGGGCUGAAGCCUUAGAGGCUUGGCCAGUGGGAUCAGCUUUGAACUUCAGUGACCAAGUUGGGGGUAUAAGCUAGGUACAGGGUGUCAUUCUGGCCAUGGACCAGAUUGCCACCAAGUCCCCACUCUACUGAUGAGCUGCCCACCCUAGGAGGAGGUGUGUCACAACUGCUGUUCCACCACCUGCUUUGGGGACUGCCCGUGGUCCCCCCACAUAUGGCUGGAGGCAGUCAAAAAACCAAGAGCAGCUGGAGAGAGAAUUAAUAUCAUCUCCCUUCCCGUCUUUCCAGCAGUAAGAAUGUGACAGUUGAUUCAAGGACCACUGAUAUGGAGGUAAGGGAGUCAGUAUAUUUGUCAAGAAGGAAGCCCUGGCCUUCAGCCCCCCCGAGCUGGUGUAGAGCCCCCCUGUGUAACUCCAUACCUGUGCCUGUGUUUAUGUCCCGGGCCCUCAGCACAGCCAAGCCCAGGCCAAACUCCUGCUGGCCUUAGAGUGCCAAUGAACAGACUGGCUUUCUGCACACAUUACAGCCUCAAAGCUCCAAUUUUGAAUGACUGUGGAUUUCUCUCUAUAACUAAAAUCAAUGCAACCCAUUGGAUGUUGAAAAUGGCCAUGAUCUGAGGGCCCUGAGAGUGUGGUCUGCGGGGUCAGUAAUAAAGACCUCUGAGUGUGUUUACUUGAUGCUUACAUCUCGGCCCUCCUUGGACAUGGAACAAUUAAACUGGUUCUUCUAGUGCUGAGGGUGCCAGGCCAGGCCCCAGUCUCUGGAGAGCUGUGGCUGUCAAGGAGGUCCUGUCCCUCCCGUGUCUCCUGCAGUGCAGCCUUCACUAAAGAGGGAAAGGCUGUCUGGGGAAUACAGUCCGCUGAAGACUUCUGCACACCCCUUGUUUUUUUGUUGGUUUGUUUUUACCAUCCCUUGUUAAUGCCUGAGCCCUUAGGAGGAACCAAUCACAAUGCUAAGAGCCUCCCAUGAACACUUUGAAAGUGAAGUCGCUCAGUCGUGUUGCGACCCCAUGGACAGUAGCCUACCAGGCUCCGCCAUCCAUGGGAUUUUCCAGGCAAGAAUGCUGGAGUGGGCUGCCAUUUCCUUCAAAUCCUCAAGGUAGGUCUGUAUCACUCAUGUCCCGAGUGACCCCAGACCUACUUAAACUAGACCAGCCUUUGUCCAGGUGCAAAGACCAGCAAAGACCCCAGGCUUCUCUGUGGCUCAGGUUCUCCCACGGUGGUCUGACAGCCUGGGUGGAUAGGCCCUGUGGGAACUCUUCUGAGGAGUCCUCAGGGAUGGAUCCUAUCCAGGCUAGCCAGUACAACAUGAAAACAAACAAACAAGAGCUGUCAAACCAGCCAACAUUUCAAAUGACAAUUUAAUUAAAUACAAACAAGGAAAAAAGGCACCAUGGCCCAUUCAAGUAUUUUGCAUAGAUAUACAAAUAUUGUAAACAAUUAAUAGGUGAAUGAGAGAAAAGAGGAUCUGUUUUCCGUGAACAAUCUCCCAAAUAAAAAGAAAAUUCACAUUGCCCUGGAU